AUGGAUGGGAUUUACUCUUCUGCCCCACCGAGUGACAAUGUCCGAGUGUUUCGGGCUAGGCUCCCCACGUGCGUCGGCCGAGCAUUUAUAGCAUCAGUCACUUUGGAGCGAGACCUUUCCGUAGCGUGCUCUGGAAGCAAUUUGGAAUGCACGUGGGCUGCGCAAUACUCACUACACGAUGAAAGCUGGAGGGAUGUAAAUAGCGUGCUGCCUGUAGCGGAGACUUAUUCUAAUCACUCAGACACCAUCAACUGCCCGCUUGAAUUUGACUGGUCAUCCCUGUACAGGCUUGGAGUUUUCAGCCGCUAUAAAGCCAUUACCUUCUACGAAAUGGCGGCAAUGCUUCAGCACAGAUGCCUUUGUGUACGUUGGAUGAAGCGAACAUACUUGGCAAUUGUGACAGCCACCGCUCACCACUUCCGUGAUCGACCGAACCUCGCGUUGUCAGAGAAUGGUUUACUGUUCGAUGAUACUGUCUGCAUCGAACUCACAUUCAGGGAUGAGGCCGUUGAGUGCUCUAAGGGGAGACUCAGAUCUUGUCCGAGAUAG